CCUUCAUGCGUCUUUAUCAAUCUUUUAUUGGUUGGAAAAGCUCCGCGUCCGCUUGGCGUCUCGAAUCACCUCAUAACGCGGUUGGCAAGCUUAGUACUUGCUCGACUAAGCUUAUCGUUUUACUUUCUGAAAUCUUCUCGACUGCUUCUACAUACGUAUGAGAUAGGGCUAAAGUGGUCACAAACCGUAGCUGCUAUGAUAAUCAUCUUCCGCCGCUUCGCUACUUGCAAAAAUAAAUUUUCCAAUGCUCUGAAAAUAAUCUAAAUUCUUCUAGCGCUACCUGGAGAACACGCACCUAGAAACUGAAUUUUCCCAGCCAUGGUCACUUUAGCGUCGGCGCCGUCAUCUUCGUUUUCCGCAAGCCAACGGCAGGAGCGGAAGCGCGACAAGAUGCGGCAUUCGAUGGUUGACAUUGCGCUCGUUGCGUGGGAGCACUGCACCCGGAAAAAUUUGCUGCCGCUGGCCUGCUAUGUCUGCCUCGUCGGAUCGGUCCUCGCGUUCUGCACGUAAAAUUUCCUCUGUUUUUUGUCCAUUUUUCGGCCGUUCGUUUCCGUUCGUUCACAGUCAAGAUUCAAGAAAAACUGACAGUCAAGAGGACCUUUUUCAUGAUAUGUCACAAGACCACAGAGGAAAAGCAACACACACCAACCCUUACAACUAGGUGGAUCGAGUUCGACCUGUUCAAGUUUCUGAUCAAGAAGCGGUACCGCAACGCCAUCUAUAUGUGGGCAGUGCACGUAUUUAUCGCGAUUAUCACCUGCAAGUACUACUACAACGAGCGGGUUCGGGACGUGUUGAAGCGGUGGAUGGUUAAGUGUGUCAUCCUGAAGCGAAAGGAGCGGCAGUCCUUCUUCUACUACAGCACCACGUCGCGCCGCACGGUCGCGACCCAGUGCUCCCUGCUGUCGCCGGAAGAGGAGAGUAGAAAUGGAAGCAAGGACGACAGUGCUGGUGCAACUGACGACGCAGAAGCAGAGUCCUCGCCGUCGUCAUCCGGUUCGCAGCGCAGCCGCGCCGGGUCGGACGACGAGGUCAAGAUGGAGGCGUUUGCGGGCCUCGAGCCCUCCGAAGAGGAGCGCAGCAUCGUGCGGACAAACUUCUUUGCAGCGAUGGGCAUCUACGCGGUCGUGUUCGUUGCACAUGUGCUCUCACUCGUGAUGUGCUUGCUGCUCACGUUCACCUUGGUGCCGGUGUACUCGCUUGUGAAAGACACCGUCGACUUCUUCUACGCCAUCGGGGCGCGCUUUUCGCUCGCCUUCUCCUCGAAGCGUGAGGAGCCACAAGCGAGCCUGGUGCACGACACGGGGAUAAAGACAGAAGGCGACAGCGCCACCGUGGGAAGUGAUGAGCAACAGGUGACGAAGAAAAGAUGAUAGAGUGCUACUUACCUGUGUGAAGCUGCUGCUUUGCUUAGUGAAGUAGGCACAUUCUUCAGUUACUCCCUUAUUUUCAAACGAACUGCAAACGUCUACCGUAAAGCUAAGGCAAAUCAAAGAAACACUCGCAAGAAAUGAAUCAGGUUGCAUGUGACUUCCCAGCGCAAGUAAAGUCCAUCUGGAUGACGGAAGAAAACAAGCGGCUGCUGAAGGCGCAGAACCCGCGGCUCGGGCAGGAAAGGCUGAAGAUCCUCCUGAUCUGCGAGUACGCGCCGUGCGAGUUCCACGGGAUGGCGGUACGCCUGAAAAAUUGCGUACGGGAACUGAGUAAGGAUCACGAUGUCCGGAUCAUGACCUCGAGAAACAAGGAGCAACUGCAGAAGGAGGGCUUCAACGAUGUGCACACCAUCGACUUGUACCGACAGAUGGGCUAUCAAAUGCAAAAAUGUCUGGGUCUGGGAGGAUGGAACUUGUGAUGCGUCCUGUGGGUUACACAAAAAUCUGUGCUGCGUGAUUGCCAAAAGUUGUCCUUUUUUGACCAAAAUGAGCGGGAGUUUCUUAUGCAGGAUAAGCAUGAUAGAGACAUCGCAGAAGUUGUCAUGGUAGGUCCUGCAUCCCAGACCUCAUGGGGCAUGGAAAAUAUGCAUGACAAGUCUGCAUUCUUCCAGACCCAGACAUUUUUACAUUUGAUAUGGGCUACUGCGUCCAGAACUUGUGGAACCCGGGAAACAAGCUGGUAACAUGAUAUCGAUGGAUUUUCAUCUGAAAUGGUGAAAAUGCGAAAAAGCAUGUUUCUAGGAGCACAAUGUCGCAUAUGGUGCAAAUUUACUGGUGGAAAUCAAAUCUUAAUCUUCACACAGUGGUACGCGCCAAACCUGAAUCUGGUCGAGAACUUCUUCGAUUUUCAACCCGACGUGGUCCACGUUUUCUACCCCUGCAUCGUGACACUCCCCGUCUUCGCGCUGAGCUACUUGCUCGAUGUUCCCGUCUACUGCUCCCACCACGUAGACAUGACUUACUACAUCGGGAAGUACUGGAAGAGCGCGCUCUGCCGGCGGAUGUGUUACUUUUGGUACACGUUGCACGCGCGCCUCCCGGCCUACCUCCUCGGCGACAUCAACGUGGCCCCAACGAAGAACGCCCUGGACAAGGAGUUCGAGGUCCUGUACGCGAACAGUUUUUUGCGCAAGUGCGUCCAGCUCUACGAGUCGUUUGGGUGCUUGUCCUUUCCCGACGACAGCCCGGUGUACGCGGAUCUGCAGCGGCAGCACCUGGCGCAGCAACGUGAGGAAGAGCUGCAGCUCGCCGCGGAGGAGGAAUACGCGCAGCAGUUUGACUUCGUCAACACUUUGGAGAUGGACAGUAACUACCCACCCCUGCCGCCGUCCUCCGCGCGGUCGUUUGAGCUGACCGCGUGUGACAGUCCGUGCACGACGGCAUCGCACCGCUCGGACAGCGACGGCGAGGAAGAAGAGCUGCCGGAGGUCAGCCUGGACGAAUUUCGACAGAUGACAAAGUGCACAACAACUACUAGUACUACUGCGUCGCCGGCUCCGUCCUCAUCUGCACAAAUUUUGAGCAACAAUUCUUUCAGCAAAUCUUCUUCUGGUGCCAGCAGCAGCUGCGGCAGUGCCGACGGGAGUCCGCAAGUAAGCAGGAGAACAACGACAAAAGACCACGAGCUGCUGCGCGACUCGCCGCAGAUUCUGAACCUCUCGCCGAACAAAAUUGACAAGCUGAGCUUUGGCGAGAAGCUGCGCGCCUCCGCGAGAAACUUUACUCCCGAGUACUUGCAAAAGUACAUGCUGCAGCGCGGACUAGAGGGAAGUAACGAUACGGGCAGCAGUUGUUGUGCGGUCGAGCAAAUGAACCCGCCCAACCCGUCGGGUUCUGCGAUCCGCAAAUCCGUCUCCCUCGACAGUUUGGAAGAUAGAAUGACCGCCAGUACGUAUUCCGGCAUGUCGGAAGACCUUACCAGCUCGCGAAUGACAGUCGAGACGAGCAGCAGAAGAGCUAGCGGAAACAACUUUCUCCCCGGCGGUAGUAAGCUGCAAGCCGGGCCGUCCUUUGACUUCUCGGACUUUAUCAUUCCAACCUCCGUGGGCUCGUCGUUUCGCGGAUCCGAUGCUGGAGCGGUAGCGGGGAAUGCGACUGCCGCAAAAACGCCUGUGCUCGCGGAAACCAGCCAGAACCUGAUUCGCGGAAACAUUCCAAUGCACAAGGACGCGAAAAUCAUCCUCAUGGUGCAACGGGUAAGGACAUAAUUGAUUCCUUACGAAGCCUUUUUUUACUACGGAAUGAAAGAAGUGCAAGAAUGAACGUGGAUGUGAUUUUUCCAAAGUACAUCACAAGUCAAGUCAAGCAGUUUGCAGCUAAGAACAUGUACGUAGGCAGUUGGUGCUACAAGAGCAAUAACCAUGAACUCUCUCAGGUUGCCCCCGAGAAGCGCGUCGAAAUGGCGCUGCGCCAGAUGCCCAAGCUGGUUGGAAAAUUUCACUUGGUGGUCGUUGGUGAUGGCCCGGCUUUCCAGCACUGCGUUGACGUCACCACAAAACUGUACCAGUGUGGGGAAAAGAACAUUCUGCAGAAGAACUUUUUGUUCCAAGACAACGACGAAAAGAAGACGAAGGUAUCGCAUGAUCAAUCGCACUUGAGCAAAGACAUCAACGUCACCUUUCUCGGAAUGGUCGCAAACGCUAGACUCCCGGUGCUGUACCAAAACGCGGAUUUCUUUCUCAGCUGUGCGGUGUCGGAAACCUUCGGUACUAUUAAAGCAGAAUUUAAAAUAUUUGGAUAAUUAGUAGUUUUUGCUGCUGUUGUUUGCUUCAUUCGGUCUGUUCGUGUUUUCCCUGUGCCUGCGUGGUAGUUUGCGUCGAGUUGGCGCUACUCAUUUUCAAGACGAUGACAAGCUGCUGGUGUUUAGUACUGUGUCACGUGAUGAAGAACAGCGAGCAAAAGAACCUCUCAGCGCCUCACGACCCAUCAAAACAAAACAGGCAUCACCGUAAUCGAAGCGCUCUCGUGCAACCUGGUGCCGCUGCUGGCCCGUUGCCAGGUCUUCGAGGAGCUGUACCGGGACUCGAAAUUCAUCACGGACUGCAUGUUCAACACGGAGCAGGAGCUCCUGGACACGUUAACCCGCCUCGCCGACAGGAAAGAGCGCAUUCCGUCCGGCGAGGAGUUGCGGUUUCAGCUGCGAAACAGCAUUUUCUUCUCUUGGGACCAGGCCGCAAAAACCCUGGUGUCGCAAUACCGACAGUGCCAAAAGGUGCGAGCAGCGUUCACGUAAGAAUUGCGCAGGCGCAGCGAGCAACAAAAAAUACUCGCUUUUGUCUAAGUGUCACGCGAUGACAGCAGCUUUUGUGGGCUGUAGUUUCACCAUGCUUCGACAUUCUAACUCGUAGUCGUACGUUCCUGGUUGCAAGAGAAGCGACGCUGCGUUAGACUUUCGUCUCAACACGAAAAGGAAAACACAUUUAAAGUAGAAGCAGCUACUGCUACGUACAUAAGUGCUUAACGAGAUUAGGUGGGCGCCGUAAUUCCGAAAGCGAGAUGGGGAUUCAUUCGCAGUCCAAGGCGACAAAAAAUAGUGCUUGUCCAUUACAUGACGGAUGACUACUUCUACAAGAAAAAGAAUUUAUUUCGAUUGCUGACUGUGUUGCCGACGUAGCCGUCACCUGUUGGUCGUCAUCGCUGACGAUAAUCAGUAGAGUUACGCUUUCGUUGCAAGACCAUGCGCCAUGAUCUUCACGAAAUGGAACACGACAGUUGGGAAGCGUAAAGAUAUAGAAAAAAAUAUGCGCCUUCUAGAAAAACAAAGAAGUACAUUAUCUUCUACCUCUAAAAAUGUCUCGAGCUUCCUUCAGCCGGCAGAGCCCCAUCUAUAUUUUCAGCCAUCAAGGCGGAAGUUCAGCCUAUAAAUAUAUAUUGAUAUAGUACGUAGCUUUUUCCCUCCCCGAUUGCCAGAAUUGGCUUAGUUAUUACCUAAAAGCAGAAGCAAGCAUUCCUUCGCGAAAGCCUCCGAAGAAGAGUGCAGCGCAUCCUAGAGGAGCUUUGUUUUUUUUUUCCGCGAGGCUUUGAAAAUCUGGUGGCGCAGCGGCAGCUAGUAGGUACUCAUCAAACACGCUCUAUCAAUUUCAUGCCAGUUUUUUACUACGCUGCGUCUGCCGCUGCCGCAAAGCCCGCGGCCACUCUGCGCUUGAGGCGUUCAAUUGUGCAGAUGGUGUAUCACGGCGGCAGAAAGUAUAGGCGAUAUUUUCGCGCUCGCGCAGAGCUGCUACUCUAUCGAAGUGAUGAACACGAGAAAUACCACCGCUUUAUUGAAACAUUGUGGAUGCCGUAGCUUAUCCUUGUUGCUUAGUUGACGAGUACUUUGGGUUUGGGUCGACAACUGUCGAUAAUGAAGAUUUGUUUUACUUGACCGACCUCCUCGAGGAGCUUCUCUACCACAUAACACUAUUCAAAUUAGGGCGGAAAAAUCGGCAAAUCUCAUCAUUUUUGCAUGCGAACACUUUGGGGGGGUAAAAAAAGUUACUCUUUUGGGUUUGUAACUAUUUCUCUUUUUCCUCAUCGUCGUGUGCGAAUCAUCUUCAGCCUUCGUUGUCACUGUCCACCAUUAGGUCCUGUCCUUUUUUGAGUGUGAAUCUCAUCACUUUGUUGAAAUUGUUCAAGCCCGUGUCCUACCAACACGGGCAACACUUCCCCCUCUGCCCAAUCCAGUCCUGGACGCGAUCCCAGGUCUUGCCAUCGUCCUCCAUGUCGAUGCCGACAGUUGUAGUGAUGGCCUUGGCGGUCGAAGCUGCCUUUUGCUGUGUCCCGGGAACGAUGUUAUCCUGCUCCUCGUCCUCCUCUUCCGCGCCCUCCGGUACAAAGCGCAGCCGGCCACCGGUACUGCUAUUGGUACAUUUUCCGAGCCACACUGCCCCCAGACGGUCGUGGCACUGCGAGCAAGAAACGUCUGCCAUGUGUCGCUCCGGGUUUUUUGCAACGCCUUUCGCCCGGGUCAGCUCCCUCUCGUUGUCCUGAAGGCGCGUCGCGGCCGGUUGUGCCACCUCCCUCUCCCGUCUUGGUGAGCGUUCGCGCCGGGGCGCAGCUUCAGGACGCUUCGGCUCAGGGAAGGUGUACUCACGCUGGACCUGCUGGUUGGGUGGUGGAAGGAUUCGUGGCAGGACGCCGGUUAGGUCUUCGUUCGUCCACUGUCCCUCGAGCUCCUCCCGUGUUAGUUUUUCCAGUCGCAGGGAGAUACGGCCGCUGCACAGAAAAACUAGCCCUGCCCCGGGCCUGGUGUGGGUUUUGAAUAUUGCAGCAAGGGGAGCCCCUGAACACAAAUGUUCUUUCACGGUCGCCAUAAGGGCUUUUGCGCCCCACAGGGCCCGCGCGGCCCUGUGUGGCGCGGCUGUGCCUUUUGCGCGCGGCCCCUGCCUAGGGGCCGGCGGCGCGCACUGCCAGGGCCCAAGUAGAGCAGGAAACAAGAAAACGCAAAGGGGGCGGCAGCCGCGCUCCUCUGCAUAGCAGUCGCGCAGCUGCUCAUGCUUGUUUGGGUAGUUGCAUUGCUGCGCCACUUCCGUGGCGGGCUGUAGAACGAGGGCUCAGAGGGAUGAAGCAAUCGCUGGUGAAUUGAUCUCGCUUGCGCUGUCGCAAUAGGCACAGAAACAUAGAAAGGCUGAGGGAUGUGAAAACAAUGGACCUCCUCAAGAUUUCGGAACUGUGAUCUGGUUGCAUACUUGACCGACCUCCUCGAGGAGCUUCUCUACCACAUAACACUAUUCAAAGAUACUUAAAUACAUCUUGAAAAAAAAAGGACUUAUUUAUACUAAACACGGGCACGGCAUACAAUAGGAUAAAACUGCAGAAGUACCCGCUACCCCACGGCAACUACACCUGGCCUUUCUAUCAGGUGCUCCUUCGAUUUUUAACAGGGUCUUGUGCUGGGUAUUUUUUCCCCGCUCAGUACAGGAGGAACUCCAUCGGGGCUUGUUGUCACCUUUGCUACCAAUUCAGCCACAUUGUUCUAAGAAAUAUAUCAAGAAUGAUUCUGCAAUAUGAACCACUGUAUAUUACAUGUUGACGCUGUAGCUGGAUAUGUUUUUGCGCUCCUUGUAUACUACAAUUUCAAUUUCGCACAUUGUGAUUGGAUCCUCAAAAAUACGAAGGGUCCUUCGGGCUCUAUUUACCCUUCGUACUUUCUACUAGCGGCUCGUUCUUGGUAGAAUGAAUUUUCAUACCGAAGGAAUUCGAGGGCGGGUUUUUGCAGGAAGGAGAAGCAGGAACAGGAUUCCGAUUCGAGUCACGAAAUCAAAUGAAAGAAGAAUAUGAAAACAGGGAAACUCAAAGAAUUUACAAAGACGACAU